UUAAACUUGCUAAUGAUGUGACGUUUCGACGACAAUGGAGAGAAUGGCCAAGAUGUCUGAAACAGAGCAUACUCAUUUCAUGCGGGUCGCCUUUGGUCAUACCACGCCCAUGCUGCCCGACUACGAUGCGGUUGGCCCGGUCGAGUUUACUGAUCCUACGUUGAAUGACUCUCAAAAGGAGGCUAUUCGCUUUGCGCUGGCGUCGCGGGAUAUCGCGCUCAUUCAUGGCCCGCCUGGUACAGGAAAGACGCAUACCCUGAUUGAGCUGAUCCUGCAGAUGGUGCAGAGGAAGAUGCGCGUGUUGGUGUGCGGCCCGUCGAAUAUCUCGGUCGACAAUAUCGUCGAGAGACUGGCGCCGAAGAAGGUACCCGUGGUGCGCAUCGGGCACCCCGCGCGGUUGCUCCCAUCUGUCCUGGAUCAUUCCCUGGAAGUGCUCACCCACACGUCGGAGGCUGCUGCCAUCGUUCGAGAUGUCCGGAAGGAGAUCGAUGAGAAGCAGGCUAGUAUCCGGAAGACGAGGUUCGCACGGGAGCGACGGGCUAUCUACGAUGAUCUCAGGGAGCUACGGCGCGAGUUCCGAGAGCGCGAGUCCAAGUGUGUGGACAACUUGGUUCGCGAGAGUGAUGUGGUGCUGGCAACGCUGCAUGGAGCGGGUGGACACCAGCUGAAGGGCCAGAAGUUCGAUGUGGUGAUCAUCGACGAGGCGAGCCAGGCCCUGGAGGCACAGUGCUGGAUCCCGCUGUUGUUGGCAUCGAAGGUGGUUCUGGCUGGUGAUCACCUCCAGCUGCCUCCUACCGUCAAGUCUACUAAGGAACAAAUGCAGAGUUCAAAGUCCAAGGUGAAGGAGAAAAAAGAGAAAGAGAGCGGGGUCGAGUUGCUGGAGAAUGUCUCGCUCGAGACAACCCUGUUCGACCGACUGCUGUCGAUGCACGGGCCCGGAAUUAAACGGAUGCUCACGACGCAGUAUCGAAUGCAUGAGCAGAUUAUGCAGUUUCCGUCGGACGAGUUAUAUGACUCGAAAUUGAUGGCUGCAGAGGCUGUCAAAGCGCGACUCCUAAAAGAUCUACCGUACGACGUCGAGGAGACCGAUGACACCAAGGAACCGGUGGUGUUCUGGGAUACUCAGGGAGGUGAUUUCCCCGAGAAGACAGAGGACGUGGAUGUCAGUAAGAAAGCCCGCCUUGGGGAGAGCAAGAGCAACGAAAUGGAGGCCCUGGUCGUGGCCCGGCAUGUCGACGCCUUGGUAGAUGCAGGCGUACACCCGGAAGACAUUGCGGUGAUUACGCCAUAUAACGGUCAGCUGGCCGUCUUGUCGCAGAUGUUGCGGGAGAAGUACCCAGGCCUGGAGCUGGGCAGCGUAGAUGGAUUUCAAGGUCGUGAAAAGGAGGCCGUUGUGGUCAGUCUCGUGCGCAGCAACAGUGAGCACGAAGUCGGAUUCUUAGGAGAGCGGCGUCGAUUGAACGUGGCCAUGACGCGGCCGAAACGGCAUCUGUGCAUCUGCGGUGACUCGGAGACGAUUAGCAAGGGCAGUGGGUUCCUUAAGCGCUGGAUGGCGUUUUUGGAGGAGCACGCCGAUUUGCGAUAUCCCGAUGCGGGCGAGUUGCUGUAAGCAUCCCCAUUGCUUAGGCAUGGAGUUCACGCUGGGUGUCCUGCAAUCAGACGGGACGGCCAUUGGCAGCCCCGUGCUACGCCUGCAUGCUUGUUCCUUGCAGCGAGUCUGGUGA